AUGGACGACGAGGACAACGACUAUGAGCUUGAACGCCAAAAAAUCAUCGCCGAGAAUCGCGCGCUCCUCGAUUCGCUCGGUUUCGAAGGUGGAGGUGCUGCAGCACUAGGCAUUGCAAAGCCCAAGGCAAUAGCCAAACCCGCGAGUGGGAAUUCCAAGAAGCGCAAGUCGGCGCCUGCAAAGACCGAGGAGGGACCCCGAAGGCGGAGUGGACGGAUAGCCGGGAUCGACGCGACCGCGGAGGUGUUACAGGCUCGAGCGGAUGAGGAGGAAAAGGAGAGGGAGGUAUUGCGAGUGAUCAACCGCAAGACGCGAGAUCAGGUGAUGCCUCUGGGGGAAAUGCUGGAAGAUGCGAAAGAUGCAGAGAAGGCGGAUCUGGAAACCUUCCUCAAGGGUGUCGCUGCUACGCCGGCACCUCGCCGGUUCCCCAACGAAGACACUACGGACAAAGACGCCUAUGCCGAGCCUUCGCAGAACGACCAUGAGCUCGCUCGGCUCAAGUCCCAGUUUAAGAACAUGCAACUCAGAGCCAGCGCCAAGGUGACGACCGAACGGGUCUUUAGUAUGCUCGUGCAUCCCGAGCCGAGCAAGUGUAUCGUGUGUGUCGGAGACAAGCAAGGGACAGUGGGAAUAUGGGACGCACUCGGUCCAGCAGCAGAGAGCACCAAAGCCGAAGAGGACGAUUCGGCCUCAGACGCAGAAGGCGGGUUCGAAGGGAGGAUAUGGAGAGUCCAAGCACACGCGAGGAACAGCAUCACCAGCAUGAAGAUAGGCCCAGUCGAUGGGUCGAAGCUAUACACUGCCUCGUAUGACUGCUCCCUCCGCGCAAUCUCCUUCUCUGACUGCAUCUCCCGCGAGCUCUUCUCAAUGCCCGACGAGGACAUGCUCAUCACACACUUUGAUCUCGCCCCAGACGGAAAUCAGGCGUGGAUAGCGGACAAGAAUGGCGGGAUCAGCCACGCCGACUUUCGGGAGGGCAAGCUGGGUGGACGAAGGAGAUGGGUAGUGUCGGGGGAAAGAGCGGCCAAAUUGGGAGGUCUCAGCAUUAAUCCUCUCAUGCCUCAUCUUAUCGUCACCGCGGGCAACGACCAGCAUCUCCGUAUAUGGGAUACCCGUCAUCUCUCCUCUCUCACGCCUCGCACUGUCGACAAUCUCGCUCUCCCUGAUCCUCCUGCAGACUCCAAAUCUGAUACAGCCGAGCACGUCAACACUCAGCCGACUUUCAGCAUUCCCAACGAUAGGAUUGUUAGCCAUAUGGAGUCGAACAAAGGGAAAGGGUUGCUAAGGGCGAGUUGGCAGCAUGGGAAGAGCUGUUCCGCGGCCUACUGGGAUCCUUGGGGGAGAAGGGUCUUGACCACGAGUUACGAUGACAAAUUGAGAGUAUGGAACCUCGAUCCGGCCUCCCUCCAGCCUGAUCAACCCCUCGACCCCAAAACCUUCAAGCCCGCGCGCUCCAUCCCGCACAACUGUCAGACCGGCCGAUGGCUCACCAUCCUUCGCGCUCAAUGGUCUCAGAACAUGGACUAUGCCCCACACUUCACCGUAGGCAAUAUGAAGCGGAGUCUGGACGUGAUCAGUGGAAACGGGGAGAAGAUUGUCUCAUUAUGGACUGAUGCCGUGACUGCUGUGCCUGCUGUGACUGCGAGUCAUCCUAAUCGUGUCGAUCAUGUUGUUGGAGGGAAUACAAGUGGAAAGAUACAGCUAUGGUCCGCGCAAUGA